GUGUGUGUCUGUUGCUAUAAUUGGCUAUAACCCCUCAGCAGCUUUCCAUAAAUGAGACAUAAAAGUGCAUUUCGUUUGGAAACCUUCACAAGUCCAGGGGGAGGUAGAUGCUCCAAAAAAGUAUUUCUGGGAGGAGUCCCGUUUUUUUUUUCUUUCUUUCUUUCUUUUUUUUUUCAGGAUGACACGUGAAACUUUCCUGAGCAGUUGGUUGGUAUGUUUUUUUUCUGUGUGCUGCUCGGAGCUCCGUUAACUCUGCAGACAAACCAUAGGCCUACCGAGUGGAAGGAGCGUGCUCCUGCUUAUUUUUAGAGGAGAGUCUGCCUGGAUGGGGGAAAACGGAGAGGCUUGAACAAACUGCAGAGGAAGGUCUCAGCUGCGCUGCCAUGAGCUCGCACAACUCGGCGAAGUGACGGAAUAAAAGAAAGGAAAAAGUUAACAGAAGUUCAACUGCUUCGCUUCAGCUCAACUUUUACUUUGAAUUAAAAACAAACAAAAAAAAAAAAGACAAAAAACAAAAAAAAAAAACGCAGUGGCCACUGGAGAAGUUGCUGCGCAGCGCAAUGGCUGCUCAGUGCGACUCUUUAAGCGGAUACUUGCAGCAGUCGGACCAUGGCUCCAACAGCGAGAGAAGUACCGACUCUCCUCUCCCGGGAUCAGAGGAGGAUUUGAGCGGACCUCAUCCGCUUCCAGAUCCGGAGUGGACUGAGGAGAGGUUUCGAGUGGACCGAAAGAAGUUGGAAAUCAUGUUAUUAGCUGCCUCUGAGGGGAGAGUCAACGGCGGGGAGGAUUUCUUUCAGAAGAUCAUGGAUGAGACCCAAACGCAGAUAGCUUGGCCGUCCAAACUGAAAAUCGGAGCCAAGUCCAAAAAAGAUCCACACAUCAAGGUGUGCGGGAAGAGGGAGAAUGUGAGGGAAGCCAAAGACAGAAUUAUGUCUGUUCUUGACACAAAGAGUAACAGGGUAACUCUCAAGAUGGAUGUUUCCCACACGGAGCACUCCCACGUUAUUGGCAAAGGUGGCAACAACAUCAAGAGGGUUAUGGAAGAGACGGGCUGUCACAUCCAUUUCCCAGACUCCAACAGGAACAACCAGGCAGAGAAAAGCAACCAGGUGUCCAUUGCAGGGCAGCCAGGAGGGGUGGAGGCAGCUCGAGUAAAAAUAAGGGAGCUGCUCCCUCUUGUGUUGUCUUUCGAGCUUCCCGCCAUAAUGCAAUCCGACCCCAGCUCCCCCACCGUGCAGCACAUCUCGCAGACCUACAACCUCACAGUCUCCUUCAAGCCCCCGACUCGCCUGUACAGGGCAACCGGUGUGGUUCGCGGCUCACAGAAUAACGCCAACGCUGUCAAGAGGGGUACAGCUCUGCUGUUGGAGCACCUGGCCGGUAGCCUGGCGAGCACCAUCUCAGUCACCACCCACCUGGACAUCGCACCCCAGCACCACCUCUUCAUGAAGGGUCGCAACGGAAGCAACAUCAAGCACAUCACCCAGAGAACGGGAGCCCAGAUCCAUUUCCCUGACCCCAACAGCCCCCAGAAGAAAUCCACAGUCUACAUUCAGGGCACCAUUGAAUCGGUCUGCCUGGCACGGCAGUACCUCAUGGGCUGCUUGCCUCUGGUAUUAAUGUUUGACAUUAAGGAGGACAUCGAAGUGGAGCCCCAGUGUAUCACAGCACUCAUGGAGCAGCUGGAUGUCUUCAUUAGCAUCAAACCGAAGCCAAAACAGCCCAGCAAGUCUGUAAUAGUCAAGAGCGUGGAGAGGAAUGCAGUGAAUAUGUACGAAGCCCGAAAAUUCCUCUUGGGUCUGGAGAGCAACGGGGUCUCGUCCUCCUCACCCUCUGUACCAUUGAAUCCUGCCACCAAUGGCCCGUCCCCAUCCCUCAUCUGCCCCGUUGGCCUGGACAUCCUGGCCUCAGCUGGCCUGGGGCUGAGCAAUCUGGGUUUCCUGGGUGCAACGGCGCCGCACUCCCUCACGAACACCGCUGCCCCAAACGCCGUCCUCAACAGCCUAAACUCCUCCAUGAGCCCCCUGCAGACCCCGAGCCCCAGCACCCCCACACCCUCUCCCUCCCUAUGGCCCAGUUCACUUACCAGCACCCAAGGCUUCUCAUCACAGCUGAUGCUGCACCCUGCCACCCAGGCCACCCUGAGCAGCAUCCUGCUGUCAGGCGUGCAGGGUUACACGCAGAGCACACCGUCCCCUCCGCCUGGCCUCACCCCCAUAGACAAGCAGCCCAACGGAGUCCCUGACUGUACCAAGGGCCCCUGCACUCUCAAUGGACAUGUCAAGCAUCCUGGCUCAGUCUAUGGAAGGAUAGCAACUGCAUCGCUUGCAGAAACUGUUUUGAGUCCAGCCCCGUGUGAUUCUGUCCAGGAGGCCAGUGGACACAAUCCAUCAGAACCGCUAUCCAGCAAGUCCAGCCCAGAUGAAGGCUCUGACACAUUCGUAGAGGUGGGCAUGCCCAGAAGCCCCUCACACUCAGCCAAUGGGAGCGAGCUGAAACAGAUGCUGGCUUCAUGUAAGACGUCAUCAGGGAAACGACAGGCUGUGGAGCUCCUGCAGGGCACCAAGAAUUCCCAUCUACAUUCUGACUGUCUCCUCUCGGAUGCUGAGUCCAGCUCGUCAGACAGCCCCGUGGCGGAUAAGAGGGCGCCCGGUAGUGAGCGGGCGGCUGAGAGGGCGGCACAGCAGAACGAGAGGGAGAGAAUCAGACUGGCACCGCAGACCUCUUUCGCCAACAUGCAGGCAUUCGACUAUGAACAGAAAAAGCUGUUGGCAACCAAAGCUAUGUUAAAGAAGCCUGUGGUGACUGAGGUACGGACCCCUACCAACACUUGGAGUGGUCUGGGCUUCUCAAAGUCAAUGCCAGCUGAGACCAUCAAGGAGCUACGAAGAGCCAAUCAUGUUCCAUACAAGCCCAGUAUGAGUACCACCUACGAGGGUUCCCCGCUGUCCUUGUCUCGAUCCAGCAGCCGGGAAGGCGUCGGGAACGGCAGUGACUCCGACAACUGGCGAGAGAGGAACGGCACCGGUAACGGACUGCCAAGUCACGCCGAGUUUCCCUCCGCUGUCAGCAGCCCAAAGAGAAAGCAGAACAAAUCUGCUGCAGAGCAUUACCUCAGCAGCAGCAACUACAUGGACUGCAUCUCUUCGGUAACUGGCAGCAACGGCUGCAGCCUGAACUCGUCUCUGAAAGGCUCAGACCUGCCUGAGCUGUUCAGCAAACUGGGCUUGGGGAAGUACACGGACGUCUUCCAGCAACAAGAGAUUGACCUCCAGACAUUCCUGACUCUAACAGACCAGGACCUGAAGGAACUGGGCAUCACCACCUUUGGAGCCCGCAGGAAAAUGCUGCUCGCCAUCUCAGAACUAAACAAGAACCGGAGGAAACUAUUUGAGCCACCCAUCAGGUCCUCCUUCCUGGAAGGGGGAGCGAGCGGCCGCCUCUCCCGUCAGUUUCACGCAGACAUGGCCAGCAUCAGCGGGCGAUGGUAGGCGCCUCCAGACCUCCAGGCUAGCCCAGAACCGUCCAUGAUGGAGACCUGCCUCCAGUUAUCUUUAUGUGCCUCAGCAGCCCAGGUUUUCAGCUCCAGCUGAAUGAAGACUCUUCAAAAUGUUGUCAUUGCCAUAUAGUAUAAAUACAUAUAUAUAUAUUAAAAAAACAAAAGCCAUAGUUUUACCUGAAGUGCCAACAGUGAGAAAAAAAAAGGGAUGUUUCAGACACAUUCAGUGUUCACUC